CCAAGACUCUACAGCAUGUCUGCCUACAAGAUCAAAGGUGCCCAGGCGAGCUCAGAAGAUCACUACAAGCGGACUCUGCACCGUGUCGAACAGAUCCAGUCUCACCUGUCCAAAGCUCCCCGCACGCAGCGUCUCAAAGGCAAGACAUGCAUCAUAACGGGUGUUAACUCAAUUCAUGGUAUUGGGCGUGCGACUGCUCUGCUCUUCGCCCACGAAGGGGCCCAACACUUGUACCUUCUCGACUUCUCCGGAGAGAAUCUCCCCGAUUUGGAGUCCACUAUUCGGAAACAGUACCCUGACGUCAAAGUUACCACUGUGCAGGCCGACGCUGCCGAUGAUGACGCUAUCUCGGGCCUGUGCGACCUUGCAUUGAAGGAAGAAGGGCGACUAGAUGUUUUCUUUGCCAACGCCGGAUACGCAAGCAGGAAUCCGCUCCAUGAGACUACGGAUCGUGAAUGGAUGGAGACCAUGCGGAUCAACACCUUGUCCUGUUUCCUCGCUAUCAAGUACGGGUCCAAGGCCAUGAUGGAGACCAAUGUGUCUAGGGGGAAGGAGCUUAGCGGGGGUAGCAUCAUCCUUACUGCGUCUGUUGCCGGCUUACAGUCUGGAGCUGGGACUAUUGACUAUAGCGCCAGCAAGGCUGCCGUAAACUCAAUGGCAAAGACAAGCACGUAUCAAUUGCAGAAGACGGACAUUCGGGUGAACUCGAUCUGCCCGGGUCUCAUCGAGACCAACAUGACCAAGGACAUGUUUGACUUCGCCCGCACACGUGGAAGCGGCUCAAAGAUUGGACAACUCAACCCCAUGGGCCGCUUUGGUGUUGCACCAGAAAUCGCGCAAAUGGCCCUGUUCCUGGCCUCGGACGACUCCAGCUACGUCAACGGCCAGAAUAUUGCUGUCGACGGAGGCCUCGCAUCUUCACUGCCUGUCGUUCCUGGGAGAUGGGCAUAAAUUCGCACUGUAGUUUAGAGUGUAACUGACGUGGCUGGGAAUUUUGAUCGUGAUAUUAUGCUUCCGUAAAUCCCAUUCAUGUUUUUGUACCCGAC